UGGUAAGCCAAUGAUGGAGGUCCUGGAAGACUUGACCAUUCUAGCAGACUAAAACUACAUUGUUGGAUGGUUCAAUUAUGCUUCAUUUUAUUUGUGUGUUUUGGAUCUGAAUGAUGGUGUUCUUAAUGAUGUCCUCAGGGGCUCUGCUGCUGUUCCUGUUCAUACAGGCCACCACUGGUCAUAGCUCAGUUCGGUCAGAUGUCAAUGCCACCUCUCCAACACAGAUGUCGACACCACCACUCACCCCCCCACCCGGUGUCGCAGACAGUAUGUUUUCAACAAUGACAUCCGAUACAACAACAUCAGCAUUAGCCAAUAGUCAAGUCAGAUUGGUCAAUGGUCCUAACUCCUGCUCUGGGAGAGUGGAGGUCUACCACAGCGGUCACUGGGGGGCGGUGUGUGACGACUUGUGGGACUUGAGUGACGCCCAGGUGGUGUGUAGACAGCUGGGCUGUGGAAGAGUUCUGUCUGCACCACGUGAAGCCCACUUCGGACAGGGGAACGGGACAAUCUGGCUGGAUGACGUUAGAUGUACAGGCAGCGAGUCUAAUCUCAUAAAGUGCAGUCACAAUGGGUUUGGAUUACACAACUGUGGACAUCACGAAGACGCUGGUGUCAUCUGCUCAGGUGGCAGCAACACCACAGCAGCACCACCGAUCUCCUGGAACACCACAACAGGAACAGCCCGACCAACCAACCAAACAACCACAUUGGCAGGGGCUAGGUCACGGUGGGUGGAGGUGGAACCAGAAGUGAUAUCAUAUCCUGGCCAGACGGUUAACCUGCGGUGUGCCUUCAUAGGAACGCAGGUCAUACAGCUCACACAGGUGUCCUGGAUUUUUGAGUCCAGGAAGGGCGAGAGGCUCAACAUAGCCACGUACCACCCCAAUUUUGGGGUACUUUACCCCACGUCACCCCUGAAGGGACGAGUUAGCUUCCCCACGCCCUCCCUCAGCAACCCUUCAAUCCAGAUCGCUGACAUCAGGAUGACUGAUGAAGGGAGAUACAUCUGUGAAUACGCCACCUACCCCAGCGGCAAUGAACAGGGCAUCACCUCCCUCGUUAUACUAGCUCUGUCAACAUCACCACCUUUCUACUGGAGCACCACAACAAUUACACCAGUGACAGCGUGGCAAGAUGCCCAGAUCAGAUUGAUCAACGGUCCUAACUCCUGCUCUGGGAGAGUGGAGGUCUACCACAGUGGUAGCUGGGGGACGGUGUGUGACGACUCGUGGGACUUGAGUGACGCCCAGGUGGUGUGUAGACAGCUGGGCUGUGGGAGAGCUCUGUCUGCACCACACCAAGCCCACUUCGGACAGGGGAACGGGACAAUAUGGAUGGAUGAUGUUGGAUGUACAGGCAGCGAGUCUAAUCUCACAAGGUGCAGUCACAAUGGGUUUGGGAGACACAACUGUGGACAUCACGAAGACGCUGGUGUCGUCUGUUCAGAAUCAGAGCGUCCUUCCAACUCAGGCCCAGAGCUGGUGUGUGGUCGGCGUCUCCUAGAGGUGGGUCUCAGCCGGGCUGGUCUGGAGACUGCAGGUCUGAACGCAUUCUCUGCUCACCUGGCCGACCUCCGCUGCUCCUCCCACCAGGAAGCUAACGGCACAGUGUGGUUCCAGGUGGAGCGCAGGGAGGGCAGCUGUGGAAACACCUUGACGACCAACAGCAGCCAUGCCAUCUACUCCAACAGUUUAUUCAUCUACCAGGUGCACGAUGUCUCCUUCACCCGACCCGUGAGCAUACCUUUCUCCUGUGCCUAUCCGCUAGACACAGAGAGCAGCCUAGAUGUGGCCGUCGCACCCUACCUACCGGUGGAAGGUGGAGUUUCAGGUAUUGGCUCCAAGGCGUCAGCCUCCAUGUCUCUGUACCACAACUCCAACUACACAGAGCCUUACCCUGCGGGUCAGAGGGUCACUCUGCCACUGGGUUCUGUUCUGCAUGUGGGUGUGUCCGUCAACGAGACGGAGACGGAGCGAUUUGUGGUUGCCCUGGACAACUGCUACGCCACUCACUCCCCCAACCCUGAUGACCCUAUGAGAUAUUUCAUCAUUCAGAACAAAUGUCCUAGUGAUCGUACCCAGGUGAGGGUGGAGGAGAGUGGCUCAUCACUCGAGGCGCGCUUCUCUGCACUGCUGUUUCUGUUCCAGGGAGACUACCGGGACGUUUUCCUGCACUGCAGCCUCAGCCUGUGUGACCAGAGGAGCUCCUCCUGCACUCCAUUGUGUUCCAGACGAAGGAGAUCACGUUCCAUCUCCAGUUCCGUCCCCCUUAAUCCCGUCACCAUCGGUCCAAUCAGCUGGACUUGGAGUCUGGACUGAGCCUUGGGAGGUACUGCAGUGAGCCGUAUCUGUUUCAUUGUCCUUAUACUUUUGAAUGUACUUUUUCACAUAUCUCUCUGGUUGUGUUUUGUGACUAUUGAAUAUUGUCUUUGUGUUUCAUUGUUGCAGUAAGUAUCCAUACCCAGACAUUCAGCUGUCUUAGAGGUGUUUACCUUUUUCUGCAGCCUUAAAGGCCCAGUGCAGUCAAAACUCUGUUGUUCCGGACUCCCGGGUGGCGCAGUGGUCUAGGGCACUGCAUCACAGUGCUGGCUGUGC